CUGUCCCGGCGCUUCCGGCAGCGCGGCGGCUGGCGCUGAGUCAGGGGGGUGCCGGUGGGAUGGGGCCCUGGGCGGCAGCGCUGCUCUGCGCGCUCGGAUGCGCCCUGGCGAGGGGCUCCGAGGACAUCGUCGUGGGCUGCGGCGGCUUCGUUAAGUCCGACGUGGAGAUCAACUACUCCCUGAUCGAGAUUAAGCUGUAUACAAAACAUGGUACUCUGAAAUACCAGACAGACUGCGCUCCAAACAAUGGAUAUUUCAUGAUUCCCCUUUAUGAUAAGGGGGAUUUCAUUCUUAAAAUUGAGCCUCCCCUAGGGUGGAGUUUUGAACCAACCAGUGUAGACAUCCAUGUGGAUGGCAUUAAUGACAUUUGUACAAAAGGAGGUGAUAUUAACUUUGUGUUCACAGGGUUUUCUGUGAAUGGAAAGGUUCUCAGCAAAGGUCAGACAUUAGGUCCUGCUGGAGUCCAGGUUGCACUGAGAAAUGCUGGUAGUGACGUGAACAUACAAGCAACUGUUACUCAGCCUGGAGGAAAGUUUGCUUUCUUUAAAGUGCUUCCUGGCGAAUAUGAAAUCUUUGCAUCUCAUCCUACCUGGAUGCUGAAAGAGUCAAACACAGUGGUACGAGUGACCAGUUCCAAUGCUUACGCUGCCAGCGCUCUGAUUGUUACUGGCUACAACGUUUCUGGGUCAGUAAGGAGUGAUGGAGAACCAAUGAAAGGGGUCAUGUUCCUCCUCUUCUCUUCCUCUGUUUCUAAAGAGGAUGUUGUGGGCUGCAAUAUUUCUCCUGUGGAUGGAUUCCAGUCAAGAGAUGAGUCUCUGUCCUAUUUGUGCAAUGUUGUAUCAAAGGAAGAUGGAUCCUUCACGUUUCUUUCUCUGCCAAGUGGAAAAUACACUGUGAUACCAUUCUACAGGGGAGAAAGAAUUACCUUUGAUGUUGCUCCCUCCAGAUUGGACUUCCUUGUAGAGCAUGACAGUUUACAAAUUGAGCCUGUUUUCCAUGUGAUGGGUUUCUCUGUCACAGGCCGGGUGCUGAAUGGUCCUGGUGGAGAAGGAGUUGCUGAUGCUACUGUGACUCUGAACAAUCAGAUCAAAGUAAAAACAAAAACUGAUGGCUCUUUCCGCCUUGAGAACAUAACAACAGGUACAUACACAAUUCAUGCCAAGAAAGAGCAUCUCUUCUUUGAUACUGUUACAGUGAAGAUUGCACCAAAUACACCUCAGCUAGCAAAUAUCAUUGCCAGAGGAUUCAGUGUGUGUGGCCAGAUAUCAGUAACUCGUUUCCCUGACACAGUCAAACAGAUCAGUAAAUAUAAGGUAACCAUGAUGUCUCAAGACAAAGACAAAGCAUCACUGGUUACAACAGAAACUGACCCUCAUGGAGCGUUUUGUUUUAAGGCAAAACCAGGUGUAUAUGAUGUUCAGGUAGUUAUUCCAGAGGCUGAAACCAGAGCAGGACUGGCUUUGAAACCCAAACUACUCCCUGUUACUGUUACAGACAGACCAGUAUUGGAUGUGACCUUCUCUCAGUUUUUGGCAUCUGUCUCAGGAAAGAUCUCUUGUUUAGAUGCUUGUGGUGACCUGAUGGUGACAUUGCAGUCUGUGAGCCGUCAGGGUGAGAAACGCAACCUGCAGCUCUCUGGAAACACAGACUCAGUGGGUUUCACAUUUGAAAAUGUACUGCCAAGCAAAUACAAAGUAAGCAUUGUUCAUGAAGACUGGUGCUGGAAGAAUAAGUCCUUGGAGCUGGAAGUCAUGGAGGAAGAUGUUUUGGGAGUAGAAUUCAGGCAGACUGGAUAUAUGCUGAGAUGUUCUCUUUCUCAUGCAAUUACACUGGAAUUUUAUCAGGAUGGAAAUGGACCAGAGAAUGUUGGUGUUUAUAACUUGUCCAAAGGAGUUAAUAGAUUCUGUCUUUCAAAGCCAGGCGUAUAUGAAGUGACCCCACGUUCCUGCCAUCAGUUUGAACAUGAAUAUUACACUUAUGACACGUCCUCUCCCAGUAUCCUGACACUCACUGCAGUUCGACACCAUGUCCUUGGCACGAUUGUAACAGAUAAACUGAUGGAUGUGACUGUUACCAUUAAGUCAUCCAUUGACAGUGAACCUGCCUUAGUUUUGGGGCCCCUGAAAUCUGUACAGGAGUUACGUAGGGAGCAGCAGCUGGCAGAAAUUGAGAGCAGACGACAAGAGAGAGAAAAGAAGGGUCAGGAGGAGGAAGGAACAAAGCCACCAGUGCAAGAAAUGGUGGAGGAACUCCAAGGACCAUUCUUAUAUGAAUUUUCAUACUGGGCAAGGUCUGGAGAGAAAAUUACUGUGACACCAUCAUCAAAAGAGCUACUCUUCUACCCACCUUAUGUGGAAACAGUUGUUAGUGGAGAGAGUUGUCCUGGAAAGCUGAUAGAAAUUCAUGGAAAAGCAGGCUUAUUUCUGGAAGGGCGAAUUCAUCCGGAAUUGGAAGGUGUUGAGAUUGUAAUUGGUGAAAAGGGAGCAGCUUCCCCACUCAUCACUGUUUUCACUGAUGACAAAGGUGCUUACAGUGUUGGGCCACUCCACAGUGACUUGGAAUAUACAGUUACUGCUCAGAAAGAAGGCUUUGUUUUGACUGCAGUAGAAGGAACAGUUGGGGACUUCAAAGCUUUUGCUCUUGCUGGGGUGACUUUUGAGAUCAAGUCAGAGGAUGACCAGGCUCUUGCUGGAGUUCUUCUGUCUCUCAGUGGAGGGGUGUUUCGGUCCAACCUCCUUACACAAGAUAAUGGCAUGCUGACUUUUUCCAAUCUGAGCCCAGGACAGUAUUAUUUUAAACCCAUGAUGAAAGAGUUUCGUUUUGAACCAUCUUCACAAAUGAUUGAAGUGCAGGAAGGACAGAAUCUUAAAAUUCGGAUAACUGGCUACAGAACAGCUUACAGCUGUUAUGGCACAGUUUCUUCUUUAAAUGGAGAGCCUGAGCAGGGAGUCUCUGUAGAAGCUGUGGGGCAGAAGGAUUGCAGCAUCUAUGGAGAAGACACAAUAACUGAUGAAGAGGGCAAAUUCAGGCUACGUGGCCUUCUGCCUGGUUGUGUGUAUCAUGUCCAACUCAAAGCUGAAGGCAAUGAUCACAUUGAAAGAGCUUUACCCCAGCAUCGGGCAAUUGAGGUUGGGAACAGUGACAUUGAUGAUGUGAAUAUUAUAGCAUUCCGGCAAAUAAAUCAGUUUGAUUUAAGUGGAAAUGUAAUUACAUCUUCUGAAUAUCUUUCCACAUUAUGUGUGAAGCUCUACAAAAGUGAAAAUCUUGACAACCCAAUUCACACAGUCAACUUAGGCCUAUCCUUGUUUUUCCAUUUCCCACCACUGCUGCGAGAUGGAGAGAACUAUGUGGUGCUCCUGGAUUCUACAUUGUCUAAAUCACAGUAUGACUACACCCUACCUCAAGUUUCGUUCACUACUAUUGGAUAUCAUAAACAUGUCACACUGAUCUUUAGUCCCACUAGAAAACUGCCUGAACAAGAUAUUGCCCAAGGAUCUUACAUUGCAUUGCCACUGACAUUGCUUCUAUUGCUGGCUGGUUACAACCACGAUAAGCUUAUCCCCCUGUUGCUGCAGCUGACAACUCGACUGCAGGGAGUACGUGCUCUUGGACAGACAGGUUCUGACACAGGUGGCUCAGAAGAUGCAAAGAGACAAACAAAAAAACAGAAGACAAGACGGACAUGAGAUGAAUGAUUGCAUCAAGUGGUGCCCCGUUGAACUGGAGUCUGAGAAAGUAAAGCCACUAAAAUGCAUUUUUGUUGAAUCUGGGGACUUUACAUUUUUAUUGUUGCUACGUGAGUGCUGUUUGUCAGACUAGCUCCAUUUUGGUUGUAAAUUUUCUUUGGAGUCUAUAGAAUUCUUUGUUGUAAAGUAAUGAAAUGAACUCCUCUAUUAUCACUGUGAGUGCAUCCCCCAUACUUGAAGACAAUUCAUGAUUUUUUUUUUUUCUCUUCAGUGUAACAGGUCGUGGUGAUUUAUAAAAGCAGUGGUCAUAGACUGCCUGACUUGACUUUUGUUUUCUAGAUUUUGGCCUUAUUUUUCCUUACCUUUUGAAAUACCCACUUUGUAGAAGACGUAUGUGAGGAUUUAACUACAUCAGUGGUGUUUAAAAAAAGUUCUGGGGGACAUACACAAACGUGAAUUAUGUCUAUGGCACUUCCAAUUCAGCAGCUUGAUUGAAGAGUCUGUUAUCUGCACAGCUGUGGUUUCAGUUCUUACACAAUGGUUAUGUUAUCUUUGAUUAAAAUCAAAUUUUUCCUCAAUGAAGACAAAUUGUAGAGAUUAAAUGGGGCAAUGUAAGAGAAGGUCUGUUGAUAGUACUGAGAAAGCAGGUUUUAAAUUUCAGUUCCAUAUACAAUGUGAUCUCUUUAGACCUCCAGUAUUCCUGAAGUGGCUCCAGCUGAUUGUACUCUUCUUUCCAAAGCUGUACUGUGCUGCUGAAUGCACACCCAUGUAGCUGUCACAUCUCCAGCUCAGGCCAUGCGCAGCCUUUUUGCCUAUUGAUGAUUGGUUUGGGUUUGUGAUUGUUUUGUUUGGUUUUGUUUGGUUGGUUUGGUUUUGUAGUCUGUAAUAACUGUUACUUACAGGCUAUCUUUUGAUUCUUAUUUGAAGUAGGCAGUUGGCCAUGCAGUUUAAAUGUUAAUGGGCCUUUUUGUUGACAGAAUAUAAAGGUUCAUAGAGCUUUUCAAAGAUGCACAUAAAUGUCUAUAAAUAUUGCAAAGGCAUUGGUACUGCCAGUAAGUGGCAAUGUUUCUCUUUUAUAGUACUUGAAAUAAAGCCCCUUUACAUUUAAAUAUUUAUGCUUACAAAUUCUACCAUUCUUAGAAAUACAGAUGUGUUAUGGUCUGAGGUAACAUUAAAAUUUAUUUUUGUUUUGGACCCACAAAACAAAGUCCAACUGUAGAAAGUUUGGGUGCAAGCAGAUUUUAUUUGACAAUUGACACAGGCAAAAAUAUAGAGCCAGGCAAAAGAGGGAGAGAGGAAAAGAAGAUAAAAGAGAGAGAGGAGAGUGGUAAGAAAGAAUGAGAGAAAAGUGGAGAAAAAGGGUAAGAAAGUGGCAAGUAAGAGAGAGAGAGAGAGAGAGAGAGAGAGAGAGUCACCACCAGGGGUGCAGCGAGUUUCUUCAGGAUGGUGCUGAUUCUGGACAGGGUCCCAGGCAGAACAAGAGGUCAAGAGACAACCCCAGCUUCUGCAGUCAUCAUAGCCCUUCACCUGCAGACCUGGGAUGGUGACAGCUCUGCCCUGUUGAUUUAACAGAGCAUGUAGGUCUAGCAGGUCUCAUUUACACAGCAUGGCUGCAUUGCUCUGCUUUUCAGUGCAGAAAUGGAGGACUCUGUUUUGGAUUACCUUCUGUAUUCUUCAAAGCUGCAUAUUUAGGUGUUACACGCUCUAGGUAUCUAAGGUUUGCCAUUGAUUUUGUGCUUUUAAAACGUAAGAUGUCAGUGUACCAGUUGGACUGGCCUUUGCAGGAUUUCCUAUUGAAAAUUGCAGUUAAAGCUGCUUGUGCAUCUUUAAUUUAUGUUAAUAUAGAGAUUAACUGCAGAAUGGAAAUAACAUUUAGACAUUGACUUUUAGUAGAAAACAUUCAAGGCUGUGUUUGCUAUUUUUUUUUUUUCAUGCACAGUAGGGAGAGAAUGAUUAAUUUAUUUGCUUGGUAUGAGGUAAAUAUGUGCAAAUGGGAGUAGUGCCCUCCGGAUAAAGAUGGCAAUGCAAGUUACUUGAUUUUUCUAUCAAAAGCAACAGUGAAUAUUACAUAUUUUUGGUUGGCUCAUCAGUGAUGCACGGAAUUCUAUUGUUUAAGAAUGAAACGGAUCAUUAAUAUUGAAUUUUACAGUUUCUUUAUAGAUGGUUCAGAGUUUCUAAAGCAUCAUCUUUAUUAGAUGGCUGUCUGAACAGGUGUUUUUGCUGUGUAAGCAUCAAUAUUGUUAAAUAAAAAUACAGCAAUUUAAAAAAUAAACGUGCUUAAAAGCAGGAAAACAUACUUAGUCUUAAAACAGAAAAUAAGCAUUCUCAUCAAGAGUGGAAGAGUACAGGUAUCUUUAUAGUUAAUAGACUUAGUUACAUUUAUUUUUAAAAUCUAAAUUGUUUAGUUUGCUUAAUUGCACUGUUUAAUGUGAAACACCUAGUUGUAUGAAUCAGUUGCUUGGGGCUAAGCAUUUUUUUUUAAAAUUUUUUUCAAUUAAAAACAUGUAGGGGAAAAAGCAAUAAUAUAGUGUGAGAUUGGGUCUGUAGAUCCUCUAGGGGCCAAAGAGGAGAUGAAGUGCCCCACAUGCCAGCCAGCUCAGUGUUUCCCUCCCUACACAGGACAGGAUUACAGGAGGAAAUAUCUCCAGUGUUACUGCUUAACAUGCUGAUGUACAGAUGGAGGGGUUCCUCCUCCUACCAGAUCUACUUUUUAUGCAGCAGAAUAGCCAUGACCCGAGCCAACUUCUCUAACUCACUAAAGAAAAGAAGGAAAGAAAAGUAACUCAGGCAUGGCUGACAGCAAAUGUGCCAUCCUCUGAUAUUGCAGUUCAAUACCAUGGUGUUAUGCUUUAGAUAUUUUGCUUUCUAUCAGCAAAUACUGUCUAAACUGUGAAAACAAAAAGACAAGGCUGUGACUUUCCAACAUCUCUCAUCUGAGACCACAACUUCAUUCGUGCUGCUGUUUAUCCUUGUGUGAAUUUUGUUCUUUAGAUGUGCAAGUGCAGCUGCAGAAUCAGCUUUCUUACUAAGUAAUGAGCACCCUUCUCAGUCCUGUGAUGAGGAAACACAGACUUAAGCACUGAGGAUUUUGAAGGUAAGAUAGCUUUGCAAAACCUACCAGACAUCUUACUGACUUGUCCAAAAAAGGUGAGGCUGAAUAUGUAACUGCACCAGGAAGUGAUUUGUGUUUAUAUUUAUUUCUGUUCUGUAUUCUCUACUUUGUAUAGUGUCUGUAUUUCUAUUUUUUACCUUUCUACAAGCAAUGUAGAUUGGCCUUCUUGCAAUAAAAUGAGUGGUGUAGAGAAGGUCUGAAAGGUAGCAACAUUUCUGACCUGAAACAGCAUUGACUCAAAUCACACCAAGCAGUGGGUUCACAUUAUGUAUGGUAAGACAUGUUGUCCUUGCAGAUAGAUUGGUGGCUUUAGGAAACCUCUGAAAGCCACCGAAAAUGCAGUAAAUCUACUUCUGGUGCAUUAUCGAAUUAUGCCAGAACUCUGUAAUUUUAAAGAAAUUUUUUUUUUUUUUUUACGUUCCAAAGAACACCAAUGGGUUUAGUCUCUGUCAUUCAGUCAUUUAUAUAAACCUAGAACAGGCCCAUAUAUUCUUGUAUAAAUGAAGAGCAUCUCUGCACUAAUCAGCAUUCCCUGAGCCUUCAUGGAUUAGUAUUCACAAGUGCAACUUUUUCCCUUUGGAUGUUUUACAGAGUUCCUGUGAGCUUUUACAUCAGCCACCUUGUCCUUUCAGUUUUCUGUUAUACCUUUUGUAAUUGCUUUCUGUCUAUGUUUGAUAUGUUGUACUCUAGUAACUUUCAUUAUCACUUUUAACUGUUUGCUAUUACUAGGGUCAACAUGAUUGCAUUAUUUACUCA